AUGGGCUGCUGCCUCUCCCGUUCUUCGGGCCCAAACUCUCCUUACCCAGGUGGUGCCCCGAACGCUUCGUCGCGCGCCAUCAAUCCUCCUCCGCUGUCACUCCCUGAAGCCGCCCAACCACAAGUCCCCGCCGAGAGACGUCGUCAGCGUCAAGGUAGUAGCCGUCCGCUAGACCAGCAUAUCGAUAAGCCUUUGCGACGACACGAAUGGACUUCCCGCGACCGCAACUGGACCAGAAGCGAGCUGGCGAAGGAACGAGCUGCCUUCUUCGAUACUAGAGUCACUGGCAGGCCUGAAAUUUGGCAGACUAUCCAUGCCGCCCUGCAGGUUCUGUGGGAUCCGACGAGUCAAGAUGCCCAAGACGACGGGUCCGAUGGUCUUGCGACAGCUCAGAUGAUCUUAUCUGCCGCUGAGAUCUCUUUACCUACCGGCAACCUCGCCAACGGCGUGUAUGACGCUUUCGGUAACUAUUACCAGUUGCCAGAAUGGGCUGUUUCUGAUCCGCAGAACGUUCAAGAGGAUCGUGUAGAGGGCGCAAAGGGCGACAUACCUAAUACUGGCGACGACACAGCAGCGGAUGAGGAAUUGAGUGACGAUGAAAUUGAAGGCAAAAAACAAGAAAAGGGCAAGGAGGUCGACGAAGCACAAGAGCUCGUCAAGCUACGGGCUAGACUAAGUGAAACCGGCCAGGAUAUCAAGGUCAGCAUAUCUGAGUCGGAAACAGCCCGAAGCGUAGCCAAAAAGAUUGCUUCAGAGGCUGGUCUUCCAUCUACUAAGAAGAUCAGGAUAGCAUAUAUGGGCAAGAUCCUCAAGGACAACUCAUCACUGACGUCGCAGAAUUGGCAUACAGGCCAUGUCGUCAAUGCCUUUGUUUUCGACGUUUAA